GGGAUGGGGACGGAGCUGGGGUGGGGGGCGGGGGGAGGGGCUGGAGGGGGGUGGUUCGACGCGGGGCGGUUGGCUCCAGACAAAUAAACAUGGAGUCCAUCUUCCACGAGAAACAAGAAGGCUCACUCUGUGCUCAGCAUUGCCUGAAUAAUCUAUUGCAAGGGGAAUAUUUUAGCCCUGUGGAAUUAUCCUCUAUUGCUCAUCAGCUAGAUGAAGAAGAGAGGAUGAGGAUGGCAGAGGGAGGAAUCACUAGUGAAGACUAUAGAACAUUUUUACAGCAACCUUCAGGAAAUAUGGAUGACAGUGGUUUCUUCUCUAUUCAAGUUAUAAGCAAUGCCUUGAAAGUUUGGGGUUUAGAGCUAAUCCUCUUCAACAGCCCAGAGUAUCAGAGGCUCGGGAUCGAUCCUAUAAAUGAAAGAUCAUUUAUAUGCAAUUAUAAAGAACACUGGUUUACAGUUCGAAAAUUAGGAAAACAGUGGUUUAACCUGAACUCUCUCUUGACGGGUCCAGAAUUAAUAUCAGAUACUUACCUUGCACUUUUCUUGGCUCAGUUACAACAGGAAGGUUAUUCCAUAUUUGUUGUUAAGGGUGACCUACCAGACUGUGAAGCUGAUCAGCUUCUGCAGAUGAUUCGAGUACAACAAAUGCAUAGACCAAAACUCAUUGGAGAAGAAUUAGCUCAUCUAAAAGAUCAAAGAAUGCAGAAAAUAGACCUAGAUCAGUCUUUAGAAGCAAGUCAUCCGUAUGACGGAACAGGAAUGUUAGAUGAAGAUGAAGAGAAUCUACAAAGAGCUCUAGCACUAAGUCGACAGGAAAUCGAUAUGGAAGAUGAAGAAGCAGAUCUGCGAAGAGCAAUUCGACUUAGUAUGCAAGGUAGUUCCAGAAGUAGUAUUUCAGAAGAUAUUCCACAGACAUCAGGUACAAAUUCAUCAGCAUCUCUUUCUUCAGAAGAGCUACGAAAGAGAAGAGAAGCCUACUUUGAAAAACAACAGCAGCCAGAACAGAUUUCCCAUCUACAUGAAACACCAACUACAAGUGAAGAUACACUUGAAACUGAUACAGGUGAUGAUAUGACUGAAGAAGACAUGCUUCAAGCUGCAAUGAAUAUGUCUUUGGAAACUGUUAGUAAUAAUUUGAAGACUGAAGGAAAACAAUAGCAGAGUGACUUUUUUAAAAAAUCAAAAAUUCAUAUUUCCCAACAUUGACUCCUUGUGCAGAUAUCUUAUACAGAGUUCAUUCAAAGAUAUGUCAGAGUAACACAAUAUUCAGAAAACUUAGGGGGAGGAAGCUUGCAAAUAAAAAUGUUAGAGUGCUUCAAGUGUAGAACUAAAAAAUAUAUCUUCUAAAUACUAUCCAAAGAGGCAUUCAACAAUUAAAGAACUAGACAAUAAUUUUCUAAAUUAUACAUUUACUCUCUUUUUUGGGAAUGGGCAAUAACCUCUUAAAAUAAGACUUUUUAAAAAACCUAUUUGCAAGCCAACUGAUAGGAUCUAGACACAGGUUUUUUUCCCCAACUGUUGAAUAAUCUGAUUUACUCCUCUCUUGCCUUCUCAUAGUUGGUUAUUUCUUAGUGCUCCAGAUGGCCUUAAUGCAAGGAGCAUCACUUGUCUAUAUUAUUCUAGGUAUGAUGUUUAAUGGGAUAAAUCAUUCUAGCCACAGCUGUGGUUUGUGUGCUCUAGUUUUUCCCCCCCCCCCUUUAUUUUACAUUGUCUCUGACUUCAGUUUAUUUUCUAUGAAGUUCUCAUAAAGGGAUCAGUAUCCUAUGAUUGGUGCAUUCCUGGAUUUGAAGGGAACCCUGAAAAAAUGAGUGUUGAGAGAGAAUAUUCAGUUUAGGGAGAAUACAACUAUUUUUCCAGGUGCUUUAUAAAUUCUUCUCUGUUAUGUCAAAAUAUUCCAGUUUUUAUAUGAUUGUCCCUAUAUUACACACCUUGAUGUCAGUUUCCUCUGUUGGGAAGGAAAAUGAGGGAAAGAAAGUAUGCAAGCUAGCUUGUGUGAAUUGUAAGACUUGAGGUCCAAGACAGUAUAAUGGACUAAUCUAGGUUACCUGGUUUAUAUCAUUCUGCAGCUGUUUUAUUAUGAAUGGUGCUUUCUGUUUUACAAAAAUUUGAAGUAUAUGGAAAUGUAGAUAAAAGCUCCCUUAACCUAUAUUCCAUUUUAAUAGAAAUAUUUUCACAUACAUUAAUCUUUGAAGACAUGGAAAAAUGCUAAAUUAUAUUUAAAAUUAUGCUGUAUCUUGAUACAUACUCUUUAGCUAGAGAUAUAAUAAUUGGAUAAAUCAAUACCAGGUGAGGUUGUAAAUAAAAAAGAGGUUUAUUAAACAUCUUUUUACAAGGGUUCCCAAGUGACUUUUUAUUGGAGUAGAAUAGUCCAUAAUUUGGGUUGAGAUUAACAGUGCCUUUUUAAAACAGGCAUUUAGUUUCUGUCAACAGCCAUUAUUUGUUUUCAUUUGCAAAAUUUUUCAGUUAAUAUAUGAAAUAGGAGUGUCCAAAUUGCAUCUCUCAAAAUUAGAACUAUAAUAAUAGUAUGCCAUUUAAAAAAAAUCAUUACAGUACUGGAUGGCUGUACUGAUCAGGGAAAAUUUUUUGCUCUAAGAUUUGUUGCUAAAUGCAACUGAAAACAUAAGAAAUGCCUUUUAUUGAUGAGGUAACUUCUACUUGAGUGUAAACUUUUUUUUAAGAUCUAUUUUGUGCCAUAUAAAGUUUUCCAAAGUGAACCAUAUAGUAAUAAGAAAAAACUUUCACUACUAAGUCUUUUAAAGCAUUCUUCAUUCAUUAAAAAAAAUUAUUUUAAAAUACAAUGAUGAAUAAUCCUGGAAAUAUGCACAAUUGUCCCUACAAUUUUGUGUAAUAUUUCGUGUCUUUUCCAUUACCAUUUCCCUUUUAAAAUCUUACUUUAAAUUCUUCAUAUAUUUGAGUUAAUGAUUUCUCUAACAUAAAGACAGCUGUUAAGAUUGAGACUUUUCUCCUAUGGUUUCUUACAAAGUAAAAGCUCUUAAAGGAAAGUAAAACACAAAGCUUAAACCUUGUAGUGCUCAAGUGAAGCAGUUUUUAAAAUGCCACAUGCCAGCCUUAACCUUAAUGCUUUUUGUUGACUCAGGUAGGACCCUUAGGCCAGAAAGUUCAGACUGAGUUAUGUAUACAUGCCAUAUGAAUUUUGUAUUUUUAAAAACAGUUUAAACUCUUAAUUAUUAAGGUUAUAUUCCUUAGUUGAAGUAACUUCAAAGAUUGCUACUUCUUACUAAUUCAGUUGUAUAAAAGAAGUUAACUAGAAAUCCUGCCUCCCCUGACCUACCUUCUUAAUCUGGCAUUCAGGGCAGUGUAAAACUUGUAAAUUUGUUUAAAAAUUUAAACCAUAUAAAAAUAUAUCAAGUCCUACCACUUUUUAGAAACAUCCUUUGUAGAAGUCAGGCUCUACAAGUUGACAAUAUCUUUAUCUCCUGCUGAGAUGAAGUUUUAUUUUUGGCAUUAAGGUAGGGAAUCUACUGUAAAUGUUUAAAAAAAGGAUUUCUAUUCUGGGUCAACAAUUAGAAUAUUAAUGUUUAAUAUUUAAACUAUUUUAUUAUGUAUAACUAGUAUUAAACAGGAUUAACAAGGUACAGAAAAGUUUUGGUUGGAUCGCUAUGAUAUUAGUAAUAAGUAAUGACAAACUUUGAAAUACCAAUGUAAUGUGUAUUUUCAGAUAAGUGCAUGACUUACACAGACGGAGGACUGAUCAGAAUUUUAAAAUUGCAGGUAGUGAAAUAACCACUAAUAAUAAAAUUUAUGUACAAAAAUAGAAAUAUUUGGAGGUAAACUAUCUUAAUAUUGAAAUGUCAAAAAGAUAAAUUUUACAUUUUCAUUUAAAAAUGUAGUAAAAUAGUUUUUUAUUCUCAAAACAUUCUGUUUUAUUACUUGAGAUGCUUUAAAAAAAAGAUCUGUCACAUUAAGAUUUUCCUAAAUUAGGGCAACAUUUUGCUAAAAAUGAGUAAUUCAAGGGGGGAAAAUCAUAUAUACUUCUUAUUAUAGUAAAACAAAACUUCUCCUCAGCUAGGAUUAUGCCAAAACAAGAAAUCAAAAACAGCGUACUCUCUCACUAUCAGUAUAUUCAAUAUAAUUUUAGUCAUGCUUGUGCCAAUUUCUACAAUAUGAAUAUGUAUUUGUAGCUUCAUAUCAGCAGAUAGGACCUGCCAGAGGAUAGAGAAAAUCUCGAUUCAGUUCUUUAAAAAAUAUAGGUAGAUUUUUUUAAAAAAUGCUUUCAUUAGGUUGAAAAACAUUGAAAUAAGUUGUCACUUUAAAGCAGAAUAUUUUUUAAUCUGAAUAAAACCUCUUGGUUUUUGAAAGGUCCACUUUACUAGUUUGCUGCAAAUGAAUUGAUUUCUAUAUUUGGGCCUUAAUGUAUGUACUCACAUCUAUAUAUGCACAUGUAAACAUUUUUUGCCUUUACUUGAAACCACAUUUCCAAACACUUGCUUUACAUUUCCUAGAAUAAUUAACUUGAUUUUGAGGCGAUAAACAUUUUGAUCCAAGAGGGUGAAAAAUCUCAGUAAAUGGAAAGGAAAAAGUAAAUGAGACUUAGUGUGACUUGGUUUUAGUUUUAUUCUUAGAUGAGUGCUUUAGAAAAUUCAUGCUUUGAAAUAUUUGCCAUUGAGUUUUUUUAAUCAUGAUUGCAAAUAGAAUUUUAGAGGUAAUUUUCACUUAAUGGUGAUUUUAAUUCCUUGGGAUUUAGAAACAUUCCUGUAACUUAUUUUGUUUGGGAAGGGUGGACCUGAGAAAGUAUUAUUUAGUGUUGUGGACUUGUUUUUGUUAACCUCUUUAUACUCUCAUCCCUAAAAACUGUAAGAAAAUUAUAUUACUGUCAUGAUAAAUUUUAAGUUUACUGUAAUCACUGUUUCUGUACUUUUAAAAUGAAAGAUUUCUUACAUUUUUACUGUUUCCUUUAAACUUACUAUGUAAAAAGAUGCAGAUGUUAUUUUCUUCAUAAAAAAGAGUUUGCUUCAUUCCUUUUCAGGGUUCAAGUGGAUCCAAAAUUUAAUCUGCCUUUUAAAAUCUUGCUGUACAAAGAAAGCCCUUUUAAUUUCUUAAUCUGGUUCUUCCAAAAUGUCUCAUAUCUUUUGAAUGUUAAUAGGUUCCCUUCUCAUAGAAGUUGGCAUGUUUAACUAGCAAAAUAAAGGAAAUAUAUCUUGGUUCUAAAACUACUUGGGUAUUUCAGACAAAGCUAUAGCAGGCAUCAGCAAAAUGCACAUGAAAAUUACCUUUUAGGUUUAAUCAGGUUAACAAUUACAUAUGUUUUUUUUUCUUUUUUGAGAAACACCAAAUAUGUUUCUUUCAUCUUAUAUAGAUCAAAGAUGUGUGUUUCUGAGGGAAGCGGGAGGUGUUGGUUGUAUGUAUAUGUGUGUGUGAACAUGUGUGCACACACAUGUGUAUGAUAGCCUAAUGUCUAAUUUUUUUUAAGAGAAAAACAUAAAAACUUGAAAUGUGAUUGAUUUCUAUACCACUGGAUUACUAGGUAAUAGCUUUUUAAAACUCUGUAUAAAUGGAAAUUUUAAAUACAAAGAAUUUAUGGAAAACAUAAAAGCAAAACAUAUUGUUUUGACCAUGGUAGAAGUGCACUCUUGACAGUGCUGUUUUCUCAGGGCCCAACUGUGCAGCCCCUUAGUGUAUGUGUGCAACUCCAUCUGAUUUUAUUUGGAACUUUUAACACACAAAGGUUUUCAUGUCUGGUCCUUAGAAAAAGUCAGACUUCCAAAGCACUGUUUGAACAUUAAGGAUUCUAUCUUCUUUUUUCUUUUUUCUUUUUUUUUUGGUGGAUGAACAACUCAGUUGUAUUUUAAAUAUCAAAAGUUAUUAAAUAAAGAUUACUCUGCUUUUUUUACA